GAUGUGGGAGUUUUCGGUGGGUUUGUAUAUGAUAAACGUAUGGCCAGACUCUUUGCUUAUGGCAGCGGCUUAUGGGGUGGUCGAGUCAGCAUCGACUACCUUAUUUGGUCCAUUUGUAGGCCAGUGGAUUGACAACUCAACAUACCCAAAGGUUCUCCGAAUUUGACUAAUAACUCAAAACCUCUCGUUCAUCAUUGCCGGAGUCACGGUGGUCGGACUUUUAAUCUCUCCGGACUUGCGGGUCACCAACAUCACUGCAUUUACAUUGCUCGUCGUGUUGACCAAUCUUUCCGGCGCUCUUGCUGUUCUUUCAACUCUCGCCGGAACUAUCUUGAUUGAAAGAGAAUGGGUGGUGGUGAUAUCAGAAGGCCAUUCUUCAAACUUACUAACAACGAUGAACUCCAGAAUCCGGAGAAUCGAUCUCAUAUGCAAACUAUUUGCACCUGUCGUUACAGGGUUCAUCAUCAGUUUCGUGUCAUUAAUCGCAUCAGCUGCAAGUUUAGCAAUUUGGAACAUACUCUCGGUUUUCUUGCAGUAUUGGCUCUUAAACUCCGUAUACAAAGGAAUCCCAGCUCUCCAAGAACGCAGCAAAAAACGAGGACCAAAAAGCACCAUAGCUACUCAACAAGAACAUGCAUCCUCCUCUACUUCUCAAGAACAACUUAUCCAACAUCAUGACACAGAAGAUCUUUCAGAAGAUGUUUCAUCGAGUAAUCCGAUUGUUAGGAAAUUCAUUCGAAGGGUUUCUAACAGUUCGUUUAUUCGUGCUUGGAGAGUUUACCUUCAACAAGAUGUCGUUUUGCCUGGAGUAUCUCUAGCUUUACUCUAUUUUACUGUCCUCAGUUUUGGGACUUUGAUGACUGCGACAUUGGAAUGGGAUGGAAUACCAGUGUAUAUAAUUGGAAUGGGAAGAGGAAUAAGCGCCAUAAUUGGUAUUUCAGCUACGUUUUUGUAUCCUUCCAUGGAGACUCGAAUUUCAACACUUCGAACUGGACUUUGGUCGAUCUGGUCACAGUGGGCAUGCCUCUUGGUUUGUGUUGGCUCAAUAUGGGUGAAGAACAAUACCACAUCGGCUUAUUUAUUGAUGGCUGGAGUAGCAGCUUCACGUCUAGGGCUAUGGACGUUUGAUCUAUCGGUUAUUCAACAAAUGCAGGAUCAAGUUUCUGAACCCAAUCGAGCUGUUGUUGGAGGUGUUCAAAACUCGAUUCAGUCUUUCUGGGAUUUGAUGACUUACAUCAUGGGGUUGCUUAUCUCUAAUCCCGAGGAUUUCUGGAAGUUGAUAUUGGUGUCGUUCUGGUUGGUGACGAUAGCAGCGAUUAUGUAUAGUGUUCAUAUUUAUCGAGUUCGGAAUCACCUCUUUCACUUUGAUAAACUGCUCAUGUUAUUUCGUAGAUGUGUGUAAAUAUUUGGUGUUGGAUACUUGUAAUGUUGUAACAAAUGGUCACAAACUUAGAAGUAUGAGACUUGAUAUACCGGCAAUUCCAAUGGCAUUAAGUAUGCGUGUUCACUUA